AUGGAAGACCAAACACCUGAAAGUAAAAGGAAUUUGCCUGCAUCGACAGAGAAUAAGCUUAUAUCUGGCGCUGAAAACACUGGCCCUAAAUUCUCUAGCUUAGCUAUGUUAAAAACUAGGUUAUUAUUCAAGUUACGACGCCAAAUACGGAAAGAAAAGCAAAGUGAGGUUGGCGAAAAAGGAGAAAUCGUACCUAGACGGUUUCUGUUUUCAUUAGACUCGGUUAUCGAAGAAAGUAAUGAUUUAUCCUCGAAUGAAACUGAAAGUUUAACAGACUUGCAUACAGAUAUUAGAAGAGUAGUUGAUCAAGAUGAAAAUCAGCUGACUGGGUAUGUUUCUCAAGUUUUAGUUUCAGAAUUUCUUGAGAGUUUUCCAUUUCGAACGUUUAUAUUAAUACUUAUUCUUAUGAAUUCAUUUAUGAUUGGCUUACAAUCAAAUCAGGAAAUAUCCCAAGACUAUGCUUAUCUUUUCGCUAUUUUUGAUCAGAUAGUCUUAACAGUAUUCGUUUUCGAAAUCUUUCUGAAGUGGUUUAACGAUUUUUGGACUUUUUGGAAAGAUGGUUGGAAUGUUUUUGAUUUUAUGAUUAUUUCAUCUCUUUUGUUAGGGCCUUCUCUAACAUUUUUAGGAACCGGUCGUAUCCUCAGAAUUUUAAGAGUUGUUAAAGCUUUCCGUAGCGUCAAAAGUAUUGGGGCUUUAUCUGGUUUAUCACUUGUGAUUAAAACAAUUUUUCAAUCAAUCCCAGAUAUGAGUAACCUUGUUUUGCUUCUUCUUAUAAUUCUCUGUGUUUUUGGAGUUGCCGGAGUAAUUAUAUUUGGGGAUACUGUUCCAGAGCAUUUCGAUAACUUAUACAAAGCUCUCUUCAGUUUAUUUAUAUGCGUAACUCAAGAAGGUUGGCUAGAUCUUAUUAAGGACUUCUCAAAAGUUGGCGGAACUUAUUAUAUUGUCGGAAGUUUAUAUUUCAGUUUCGCAGUUUUAAUUGGGGCAUUAUUUUUUGCCAACCUUGUAGUUGCUGUUAUCGUAACAAACCUAGAGUUAUCCAUAACAGAAUUAAAAACAGAAAAAAAGGACUUUAAUAAGAUAUCGAAAAGGGAUUUAACCCUAAUGACGUUUUCAAGAAAAACUGAAGAAAUAGAAGACACCAUUAGUGGAAUAGUAGCUCACGAAGAAAUUUUAGGAACUGUAUCUUCGAAUACCCAGGCCCCUUUAGAACCUGUUACUUUUGAAUAUUUGUCAGAGAGAAAGCUCAUAAACUAUCUUAUGACACUGGUAGCGCUGGAAGAAAACUUGGCAGAAUAUACUGAAAUUCGGCGAGAUAUAGAUCGAAUUUACGACGUUGUGAACGAUGUGCAAAAUCUUCAGUUCCCAUUUGAGGAGUUACAAGGUUCAGUAAAGAAAAAUAUGAAGGCUGAGGUUUCACAAAAUUUACUUGAAGUGACAGACUUGAAAGGAGAUAUAAUGUCUACUCUCAUCAGACUACAGAGGAAGAACUUAAUUAAACAUGGUAGUUUUGAUUUACAUAAUGUUAUCAAAGAAUGUGCUCAGCUUGUUGAAGAAAAGAACGAAUUGCUAACUCAGAUGAAGCCCAAAGGUGUAAUUAACCAAAGAGCACAAAAAAAGAGAAUUCGUAAAAAUAAAUAA